AUGAGCUGUCAGCCAUUAGAAUAUCCUUUUGGAUGUUGUACUACACUCUACAGAUCGAAUUUUAAAAGUUUAUGUGCAGCAUUGCCGAUGAUACGAGCAUUAUCGACGAAGUCAGAGAGGUCUUGUCAUGAUCGAAGAGGUUCAAGAGACGUCUUAUCAAAUAAUGAUAGAGGUCAGAGAGGUCUUGUCAUGAUCGAAGAAGAGGUUGAUAAAAAAUGCACUCGCAAUGGUGGUGAAUUGGUUGGAGAAGUGUUAAAGGCACAUGAUAUCAAGUUCGUAUUUACGCUAUGUGGUGGCCAUAUUUCACCCGUUCUUGUAGCUUGUGAACGUCUAGGGAUAAGAGUGAUCGAUGUCCGCCAUGAGGUUACGACAAUCUAUGCUGCUGAUGCCGUUGCAAGAAUGUCAGGUGUAGUUGGUGUUGGAAUUGUAACUGCUGGACCAGGUGUCACAAAUACUAUUACUGCUAUAAAAAAUGCUCAAAUGGCAGAAUCCCCUGUUUUACUCAUAGGAGGUGCCGCAGCGACGUUACUUAAGGGUCGUGGAUCUCUACAAGAUAUUGAUCAAAUGUCCUUGUUUAAGCCUCUCUGCAAAUAUACUGCUACCGUAGAAAAAGUUCGUGAAAUAGUACCAACGCUUAGGCGUGCAAUUUAUGAAGCUGCCUCAGGAAUACCAGGCCCCGUCUUCGUAGAAUUACCGAUUGAUAUUUUAUACUCCUAUCCGUCGGUAUCGACUGAGUUUGUUGGAAAGAGUUCGGAUAACGGAUUGCUUGCGAGAUUACUUCGUUGGUAUCUUUUAAACCAUGUAAAUGGUUUAUUCGCUGGGGCCUUUACUCAACGAAACUGCGAACCCAUUCCUCCAAAGAUUACAAUGCCUUCCAACCGUCAAAUACAAUCAGCAGUAGAGAUUGUGUCUCGCGCAAAGAAACCGGUCAUAUUAUUAGGUAGUCAAACAACUUUACCUCCAGUUCCCGCGAAUGAUGUUAAAACCGCUCUAGAAUCAUUGGGGAUCCCUUGCUUUCUUGGCGGUAUGUCUCGCGGCUUAUUAGGACGAAAAAAUCCCAUUCAUAUACGACAGCAGAGACGUCAAGCUGUUCAUGAAGCGGAUGUUGUUAUUUUAGCUGGAGCUGUAUGUGACUUUCGAUUAAAUUAUGGUAGAAUACUUAAUAAAAAAUCCAAGAUAAUAGCUGUCAAUCGUAACAUAGAACUCCUUUACUUGAAUUCGCCUGCGUUUUGGUCACCUACUGUGGGUAUAGAAGGUGAUGUUGGUACCUUUGUCUUGAAAUUAUGUGAUCGCUUGAAAGGUUAUAAAUGUCCAUCGGAUUGGCUUGAAACCCUGAGGCAACGUGAUGCAGAAAAAGAAAACAAAAACUUAGAAAUGGCAAAACAACCAACUACUCAACACCUGAAUCCUAUAAAAGUCCUAUACCAAUUAGAAGAGUGCUUAGAUGAUAAUAGCAUAUUAGUUGCUGAUGGAGGCGACUUUGUUGGUACUGCUGCAUAUGUGUUACGACCUCGUGGACCUCUAACAUGGUUAGAUCCCGGCCCAUUCGGUACCUUAGGCGUCGGUGGCGGUUUCGCGUUGGGAGCUAAGCUUUGUCGACCUGAUGCAGAAGUUUGGAUAAUAUAUGGUGAUGGCUCUUCAGCUUAUAGUAUUGCAGAGUUCGAUACUUGUUAUAGACAUAAGGCCCCUGUGUUAGCAAUCAUCGGCAAUGAUGCAGCCUGGUCACAAAUCAAGAGAGACCAAGUACCACUACUUGGUAGUGGUGUUGCGUGCGACUUGCUUUUUUCGGAUUAUCAUACGAUAGCAAAGGGCUACGGAGGCGUUGGAUUUAGAAUUGAUAGUUCUAAUGGCGAUGAAGCCAUUUCUAUAAUCAAGCAAGCUCAGGCUGCUGCUAAGGAAGGAAAACCGGCUGUUUUGAAUGUCCUUGUUGGUCGUACUAAAUUUCGUGAAGGAUCAAUCUCUAUUUAA